AUGCGCAGUGAGCUGGGAUAUCUUGGCCAUGGAGCGUGGACACCAUGCCAGAGGAUUCAGAAUCAAUAUUAGGGACUCAACAAGAUAUAAAGCAACGAAUCUCCCAUCCAUCUCCACAUCAUCAGCCUAGCAUCAACAGCACAACUACCUACCGCGUCGAACAAACCAUAUCUCAUUCUAUAUCAACCGCUUCACCAUGUAUCUCAUGUCUACCUUCCGCUCCAUCCUCGCGAUGGCCCUCACCCUCGCAAUUUUCGGUCACGCAGCACCAUCACAGUCACUCACCUCGCGCGCAACCUCCGACCUGCCUCUGACAGCUCAACUGAAGCUGGCAAACACAGCAACCGAGCGCUACGCCCUCCUCCCCAAUGACAGCGACUUCCUCUACGACUUCGCCGCCAGUACCAACAACGAAACCGCCCUUCCCAUAGCCAGCAGCCAGAACUGGCCCGCCCUCGUCGGCGUCGGCCUGUCUUUCAGCAUCUCCCAGCUGCCAGCAUGCACAAUGUCCUUCCUCCACUUGCACCCAAGAGCAACCGAACUCUUCGCUGUGACGUCGGGCCGCAUCCAAAGCUACAUGGUGCCCGAGACAGGCGUCACCGAUGCCCAGGGAAACCAGCGCGUGGUCAGCACGGAGCUGACGGCGGGGAUGGUCACGAUCUACCCGGCGUGGUCGUUCCACACGCAGGUGAACCCGGACUGCGAGGCGGCGAAUUUCUCGGCCGCGUUCAACUCGGAGGAGUUUGCCGUGGGGUUGGUCUCGGCUCGAUUGUUUGCGUUGCCCGAUGAGGUGGUGAGUCGGGCUCUGGGUGGGGUUGGAGUGGACGAGGUGCAGAGGAUUAGGGGGUUGGUGCCGGAUGAGGCUGCGCUGGUUGUGGAAGAGUGUGUGAAGAAGUGUGGGUUGUAAGGGUAGGGUUGCUUUGGGAGGGGGAGGGGAUUGAUUGAGGGUGAUAAGAAUUACUGGGUUGAAGGGAAGGAGUAAAGAAGAUGAGAAUGAGAGGACAGGGGAUGGGAGUGGGGGUGGGGAUGGCUUUCUUUUUGUCUAGGAUAUAGAUUUGGGGUUUCUUGUUAUCGAC